AUGCUGUGGCUGCUGCUGUCCAACACCGCCUUGGCCCCCACAUGGGGUCAGUCCAAGAUUCCUCUGGAAACAGUGAAGCUCUGGGCAGACACCUUUGGCACGGACUUGUACAACACCAUCACGAAAUACUCGGGCUCCCUCUUGUUGCAGAAGAAAUACAAGGAUGUGGAACCCAGUCUGAAGAUCAAGGAGGUGGACGGCCUGGAGCUGGUGAGGAAGUUCUCGGAGGACAUGGAGAACAUGCUGCGCAGGAAGGUGGAGGCCGUCAAGAGUCUAGUGGAGGCUGCUGAGGAGGCUGACCUGAACCACGAAUUCAACGCAUCCCUGGUAUUUGACUACUACAACUCUGUCCUGAUCAAUGAGAAAGAUGACAAAGGCAACUUUGUGGAGCUGGGUGCUGAGUUCAUCCUGGAGUCCAAUGCACACUUCAGCAACCUGAGAGUAAACACUUCGGUCAGCAACGUGCAACUGCCCACCAAUGUGUACAACAAAGAUCCAGACAUUUUAAAUGGAGUCUACAUGUCUGAGGCCUUGAAUCCUGUUUUUGUGGAGAACUUCCAAAGAGAUCCUACACUGACCUGGCAAUAUUUUGGCAGCUCAACUGGAUUCUUCAGGAUCUACCCAGGCAUAAAGUGGACACCCGAUGAGAAUGGAGUCAUUGCCUUCGACUGCCGGAACAGUGGCUGGUAUAUACAAGCUGCUACUUCUCCCAAGGACAUAGUGAUUCUGGUAGACAUGAGCGGCAGCAUGAAGGGGCUGAGGAUGGCUAUUGCCAAGCACACCAUCACCACCAUCUUGGACACCUUGGGAGAGAAUGACUUCAUCAACAUCAUAGCGUACAAUGACUACGUCCAUUACAUCGAGCCCUGUUUUAAAGGCAUCCUUGUCCAGGCAGACCGAGACAACCGAGAGCAUUUUAAGCAGCUGGUGGAUGAGCUGGUGGUCAAAGGCGUGGGGGUUGUGGACCAAGCCCUGAGUGAGGCCUUCCAGAUCCUGAAGCAGUUCCAAGAAGCUGGGCGAGGAAGUCUCUGCAACCAGGCCAUCAUGCUGAUCACUGACGGGGCCGUAGAGGACUACGAGCCUGUGUUUGAGAAGUAUAACUGGCCGGACCGCAAGGUCCGAGUCUUCACUUACCUCAUCGGGAGAGAAGUGACAUUCGCUGACCGCUUGAAGUGGAUUGCCUGCAACAACAAAGGCUACUUCACCCAGAUCUCCACAUUGGCUGAUGCGCAGGAGAACGUCAUGGAAUACCUGCACGUGCUGAGCCGGCCCAUGGUCAUCAACCAUGACCAUGACAUCAUCUGGACAGAAGCCUACAUGGACAGCAAGCUCUUUACCUCGAAGACGCAGAGCCUGAUGCUCCUCACUACCGUGGCCAUGCCCGUCUUCAGCAAAAAGAAUGAAACGAGGUCCCAUGGCAUUCUCCUGGGUGUGGUGGGCUCUGAUGUGACACUGAGGGAGCUGAUGAAGCUGGCACCCCGCUACAAGCUCGGGGUCCAUGGAUACGCCUUCCUGAACACGAACAACGGCUACAUCCUCUCGCAUCCUGACCUCCGACCUUUGUACAGAGAGGGGAAAAAACUGAAGCCCAAGCCCAACUACAACAGCGUGGACCUCUCUGAAGUGGAGUGGGAAGACCAAGCUGAAGUCCUGAGGACAGCCAUGAUCAAUGGGGAAACAGGCUCCUUCUCUAUGGAUGUGAAGGUUCCUCUGGACAAAGGGAAGCGAGUCCUUUUCCUGGCCAACGACUACUUCUUCACGGACAUCAGUGACACUCCUUUCAGCUUGGGUGUGGUGCUGUCCAGGGGCCACGGGGAGCGCAUUCUCCUGGGAAACACAUCUGUGGAAGAAGGCCUGCAUGACUUGCUUCACCCAGAUCUGACCCUGGCCAGUGACUGGAUCUACUGCAUCACGGAUAUUGACCCAGACCACCGGAAGCUCAGCCAGCUGGAGGCUGUGAUCCGCUUCCUAACCAGGGAGGACCCGGACCUAGAGUGCGACGAGGAGUUGGUGCGGGAGGUGCUGUUUGACGCAGUGGUGACAGCCCCCAUGGAAGCCUACUGGACGGCGCUGGCUCUCAACAUCUCUGAGAAGUUCCUGACGGCUGGAGACGAGGCCAGCAUUUUCACAAUGGACCAUUUCCCGCUGUGGUACCGCCAGGCUUCCGAGCAGCCCCCGGGCAGCUUCGUCUUCAACCUGCGCUGGGCAGACGGUCCAGAAGGUCCAGGGGAGCCUGUUGCAGUAACAGUGAGCACAGCAGUAGCCGUGACCGUGGAGGAGAAGACAGCCAUUGCUGCAGCGGUAGGCAUCCAGAUGAAGGUGGAGUUCCUCCAACGCCAGUUCUGGGCAGCAACACAGCAGUGCCGUGCCAAGGAUGGGCAGUGUCCACAGAGCUGUGAGGACAGUGAGCUGGACUGCUUCGUCAUAGACAACAAUGGCUUCAUCCUAAUCUCAGAGAGAUUGCAAGAGACAGGAAGAUUUCUCGGGGAAGUGGAUGGUGCCCUCAUGACACAGCUGCUCGGUGUGGGGGUGUUCAGCCAAGUGACCAUGUACGACUACCAGGCCAUGUGCAAAGCCCCGGAUCACCACCACAGCUCUGCUCAGCCCCUGGCCAGCCCAAUCUCAGCCUUCCUGACGGCAACCAAGUGGCUGGUGAAGGAGCUCUUGCUGUUCCUGCUAGAAUGGAGUGCGUGGGACUCCUGGCACAACAGAGGGGCUGAUGCCAAAGCUGUCUUCCAUCACUCCCACAAGCACAAGAAGCAGGACAUGCUGCAUCCCUGCGACACCGCCUACCCUGUGUUUGUGCACCAGACCGCCAUCCAAGAGGCCAGCGGGGCCAUCGCCUGUGGGGCCUGCCAGAGGAUGUUUGUGAUGCAACAGGUUCCCAACAGCAACCUUCUCCUGUUGGUGACAGACCCCACCUGCGACUGCAGUGUCUUCCCUCCAGUCCUGCAAGAGGCAACCGAAGUCAAAUAUAAUGCCUCAGUCAAGUGUGACCGGAUGCGCUCCCAGAAGCCCCGCCGGCGACCGGACUCCUGCCAUGCCUUCCAUCCAGAGGAGAAUGCCCAGGACUGCGGUGGUGCCCCCGACACCUCGGCCUCGCUCCUCCUGCUCCUCCUGCCUCUGGGUGCCUGCGUGAUUCAGCUUUAA